CAUGGCCCCCCUCCCAUGGACACACCGCCUGAGAGAGGGGCCAGAGGGGUCAGAGGGGCCAAAGGGGUCAGAGGGGCCAAAGGGGCCAGAGGGGCCAAAGGGGUCAGAGGGGCCAAAGGGGCCAGAGGGGCCAGAGGGGCCAAAGGGGCCAGAGGGGUCAGAGGGGCCAAAGGGGUCAGAGGGGCCAAAGGGGCCAGAGGGGCCAAAGGGGUCAGAGGGGCCAAAGGGGUCAGAGGGGCCAAAGGGGCCAGAGGGGCCAGAGGGGCCAAAGGGGUCAGAGGGGCCAAAGGGGCCAGAGGGGCCAAAGGGGUCAGAGGGGCCAAAGGGGUCAGAGGGGCCAGAGGAGCCAAAGGGGCCAGAGGGGCCAAAGGGGCCAAAGGGGUCAGAGGGGCCAAAGGGGUCAGAGGGGCCAUAGGGGCCAGAGGGGCCAAAGGGGUCAGAGGGGCCAAAGGGGUCAGAGGGGCCAGAGAGGUCAGAGGGGCCAGAGGAGCCAAAGGGGCCAGAGGGGCCAAAGAGGUCAGAGGGGCCAAAGGGGUCAGAGGGGCCAAAGGGGUCAGAGGGGCCAAAGGGGCCAGAGGGGCCAAAGGGGUUAGAGGGGCCAGAGGGGCCAGAGGAGCCAAAGGGGCCAGAGGGGCCAAAGGGGCCAGAGGGGCCAAAGGGGUCAGAGGGGCCAAAGAGGUCAGAGGGGCCAGAGGGGCCAAAGGGGCCAAAGGGGUCAGAGGGGCCAAAGGGGUCAGAGGGGCCAGAGGGGCCAAAGGGGUCAGAGGGGCCAAAGGGGUCAGAGGGGCCAGAGGGGCCAAAGAGGUCAGAGGGGCCAGAGGAGCCAAAGGGGCCAGAGGGGCCAAAGAGGUCAGAGGGGCCAAAGAGGUCAGAGGGGCCAGAGGGGCCAAAGAGGUCAGAGGGGCCAAAGGGGUCAGAGGGGCCAAAGAGGUCAGAGGGGCCAGAGGGGCCAAAAAGGUCAGAGGGGCCAGAGGAGCCAAAGGGGUCAGAGGGGCCAGAGGAGCCAAAGGGGCCAAAGGGGCCAAAGGGGUCAGAGGGGUCAGAGGGGCCAAAGGGGUCAGAGGGGUCAGAGGGGCCAAAGGGGUCAGAGGGGCCAAAGAGGUCAGAGGGGCCAGAGGAGCCAAAGGGGUCAGAGGGGCCAAAGGGGUCAGAGGGGCCAGAGGAGCCAAAGGGGCCAGAGGGGCCAAAGGGGUCAGAGGGGCCAAAGAGGUCAGAGGGGCCAAAGGGGUCAGAGGGGCCAAAGGGGUCAGAGGGGCCAAAGGGGUCAGAGGGGUCAAUCUGACGGCUCAAAAUGAAGCAAUAACUGAAUAAUCUACCCAGAGAUGAACCAAAAAUGUACUUUUUAUUUUUACUGAAUUUGUUUUGUUUGAUUAACUGGGAGAUUAGGUUGAAUUAUUUCAUCAUUUUUUAUGUGUGAGGUUCAGCAUCUACUCCCUCUACAUCAAUUAUGGAGAUGUUAGACUUUCUACAAUAAAUUACAGAACAAACUAAUCAAUAUAAAAUCCUAGUGAAGGAAAAUAACUUCAAUUUUAGGAUCAUUUAUGAUCAAUAAAUGCAUUUCUUCCAAUUAUUUUUAUAAUAUUCUUGCUUGUUUGUUUGUAAAUGUUGAUGCCAGUCCAGAUAAAUGAGUUCCUAAAACACCAAAUUAAAUAAAUUACAUUUGUUUGGCUCUAUGUCAUAAACACAACUCUGAUUUAUUAUUUGUUUUCACAUAAUCAGAUUCAUAUUUAUUCACAAAACCCAGAGGAAAAUGAUCUGGAAAUAACUUUAAGGACUCUCUUGU